GCCCGCCGCAAGGGACGUCUGGUCCGGUUCGGUACGCGACGUACCAUGACGUCACGAAUCGGUCUAGACAAUCCCGGGGAUCAACUUGUCCUGUGCGGGCGACUCAAUCGACGAUUGUACGAAGUGUGGGUAUCUGAACAUUGCCCAUCACCAUGGGUAACUCACAGGGCCAGCUGAAGUCUUCUCGCUUCGAAGCCGCUCUUCAUAUGUCCAUCGAGCAAUCGCUUAGAUCCAGUGCAGCAACUCCGCAACCCGUUUUCUCCCAGCUUUAUCUAGAUAAAGAUAUCAAGCCUAAUGUGCGAGACAUUGAGCCCCACGGGAGCUCCUCGGAGCCCAAGCGGAGGAAGGAAUCCGUCUCAUCCGUGUCCACCGAGAACAACAACAAGGAAACGAUGCCUUCUACUUCUUCUUCCACCGCCCCCUCUCCAAAGACCCCCCUGGAACCUAGAACCAGUGGGAGCAGUUCUUCCUACGCCACGCCCCACCCAAAGACCCCCUUACCCAGCCCCCUAGGGCUGCACCCAUCGGUGGUCCAUCCUUCCCAGCCCGGUAUCCCAACAGUCAUGCUCCCAUCACCAAGGCUACCUUUAUCCCCCUAUCUUCCAGCCCAAAGAUUCAUCAUACCAGGCCAGUAUCCCGCCCACCCUCCACCCCCUCUCAUCCAGCAGCCCCCAUCCUCCUCCUCCUCCAGACCCGCCCAAGAGGCCCGCAUCUCACAGUCUAGCAUCCCACCCACCGUUUCCACGGCGCCCAGUUCCGCGUCCUCCUCUCGGACGACAUCACCGCGGCUCAUGAAGGAUGAGAGCGUGUACAGGCGGGAGGAGAUUGAGAACUCCAGCUUUUUGUAUGGGGCGCUUACUCUUAGAGGCUGUCAAGAAGUUGGUUUUUGUCAGGCAGGAUCUGACAUCCGUCUGACAGAGCUCAGCGACAAACAGAUAGAGGUACCCAAGGGUUUUGUUCUAGUAGGCACCAAGUCGCCUUACCUCCCAGAGAACAUCCUGGUUGCAGCGGUGGAUGCGAGGUUCCUCCCAGACCCCAACACCAAUCUUGCUCUCCUAGGUUUCAGUGGUAACUGUGUGGGAUGCGGAGAGAAGGGAUUUCGAUACUUCACAGAGUUCUCGCAUCACAUCAAUCUCAAGCUCACAACCCAAGCCAAGAAGCAGAAGCAUCUCAAGUAUUACAUCGUGCGCAACAAACAGGGCCACCUGGUCAGGGGGCCUAAUAUACCCUGGAAAGAAUGCAGAAAGACCAACUAUUCAUCCACAUCUGUCUACCAUGGGGCUCUUUCACCGAGUAUGGCAGGGCAAACAUCAGUGAUCGUAAGCCGACCAAACACUCUCACCCCCGGUAGCCAAGACUCUCCCCAACCCCGAACAUCCCCAUCAGCCAACAUCAAUCACUAUGGCAACAGCGGCGUCGCUGGCCACACCAGCUCACCAGGCCAGGCUGGAGGAGAAGGGCUGGAUCCUCACGGCGGGGCUGGAAGGAUGCAGGCCUCGUCCCCGUCGUCCGGCGACGCCCAUCCCCGGCCGGGGGAGUCGGAGUCGCCGAGCACGGCUCAGCAACCUCUGAAGAAGAGGAGGCGGUUUCACAGCAUGGACGAUGACAAGCUGCGUCCUGGGCAAGAACAAUCGCGCCCCACCCACCACCUCAAGCGGGCCUCCAUUCCCACCCUGCCCCCACCCGCCCUCAUGCACCCACCCAACUUCGUGCCCCCUCCCGUCCAGGCCGCGGUGCAGGACUGCACCUUCGUGCCGCCGGGCCUGGCCGAGGCCUGCGGCACCAAGAUCAUCAUCCUGGACUGCAGCGGCAACCUGCCGGUGUUCCACGGCAACAUGAUGGAUAUCCUGGUCAGCGUGCAGUUCAGGGACAGCCUCAAGCCGAGGCAGCACAUCUCCCCGCACCUGGCUGAGAGUCUGGGGCUGGUCGGGGUCCAGAGUAUGAACUUUGAGACCAUGGCUCUGGUGAUGAUCCAGUACAUUGUCCAGCUUGGGGACGAGGCACCCACGAAGGGAGAGCUCGACGCUGCGAUGCUACGAGCGAGACAGGAUACCUCUAUCAAGGACCACCCGGGCCAACAUAACAUUCCGCAGUUUACGACCGUUGCUCCUGCACAGCUCCCUCUGCUGGCCAAACUGGCCGUGGCCUCCUCCAAUGGGCGUGUCAAAAUCCUGAUUGCGCAGGCUUCCAUCGCAGAGGGUUUGAGUGAUAUGCUGAAAUGGCUUGCCACCAUGUCAAAGGAGGCAGUUCGCCCCAAAUACGUAGUGGUCAUUCAUGUGUCUAGACAACGAGGGACAGAGUUCUGCGUUGCUGUCGUAGGUAGCAACCAGGUGCGUGCAAUCACAGAGUCAAAGCUCUCAACCGCAGAGACAUUCAAGGAGAUCAGUUAUGAGAUCAUCACGGGCAAGAUGCAGCUGCUCGAUAGCCACUUCUUCAAGAAUAGUCCUGCUGGACAUGACAUUGAUGCUCUCCUGGAGAGCUUCUCGGCCAGUCUCGGAGGAGAGGUGUUUAUUCCAUUCGAUGGAGACAUCCUACAGAAGACCCCAGAAUCAGUAGCACAGGAUAUGAUUGUUAUUUCUAAAGAUCAACCAGAACCCAUGUUCACCCUUCAUCAGGCCCAGAUCACUGCAGCCAUGAAGAUCCUGUCCCAGGUCUGUACCAUCGCAGACUCUGACCAGAUGGCCCUGGACCUGGGCCGCUUCAUACAGGUCCAUCUCCUCAUCAUCGUCCCACCCUCCAAGGCCCUCUAUAGUCAGACACUGACCAGACUUGUUCAGUCAAACCUUCUGGUGGACCUGGGUCUGGUGACCACUAACGAUGCCAAGUCUGCUGAGCCUUACGUGAUGCAGUGCGACAGUGCAGCAGAGAACCAGGCCAAGUUUGACCUGUUUAUCAACAAGGUCAAGACCAUGCCUCACACUUUGUUUGUUCUAGUUCAGGACCAAGCCCAUCUUGAUGUUAGGGUGGCAACUACCGGCCAACAAGCCUCUGCCGGGGGCUUUGCUCACAGGUAUGUGAACAGCCACGGCGUCCUCGACGCGCCCAACCUCCUGACCCUGCACAUCAGCAGCCAGCCCUACAGCCUACAGACCAAGAAAUCUAGGAUUGCUCCUCAUAAUGAGAUCCCCAUGCCCGUCUCUGUGCCACACGCAGCCACCAUGCCGGACCAGACGGAUUCUGACGCGCCGCUCACCUACUUCGGAAUAGAGAAAUACAGGGAGACUCUGAAGUGGAGUAACAGGAUGCCCUUGCUGCAGAGCGAUGAUGGAUAUGAAACAAUGGCUGAUUCCCUCACAAAGAGGUACCCCAGACUGCACAGCAUGGUGGUAAGGACCUACCUCCUCAUCCGGCAGUACUCCGCUGCCCUGAUGGCCCUGGCCGGCAUCCCCCAGAUACAGAGCGACACCACCAGCCUGACCUACAAGAUCCUUCGGGACCUGGCCCUGGCGCCCUUCCAGCAGACCCCCGGCGCCGGGGCUGGGGCCGGCCACAUGGUGCUCCUGCGCAUCCCGUCGCCGCAGCUGGCCAUCCUGGCUCACGACAAGCUGAGGGCCGUCAGGGAUAAGAUUGGCUACCAGUAUCGGCUGGACAUUGUCCUCUGCGCCCAGGACCAGGAGAUCCUCCUGGAUGACUACUUCCUCAAGAGACUUCAGGGAUGGAGAGACACAGACUCUGACUGGAGACCACAGAGCUACGAAGAUCUCAAUCGUCUGCCCUGCAUCGUGGUACUGGCUGGGAAGCACCUUGCUGGAGAAACUAUGCCAAAGUCACUAAAGGUCAUUGACCUGCGGCUCGUCAACCACGGCGUCUACGACCUGACCAGCCUGGAGCAGGAGCUCGGCCUGGGCUGCACCCACUGCCCCGACUCGGCCAUCCCCACGGUGGUCACCGUGGCAGAGGACAGCGACGAUGACGACGACGAUGGCGAUGAUGAGGAGGAGGAUGGGGUCUUCGAGGAGAGGAUGGAUUACGAGAUGGGCGGGUCUCCGCACCCCCUGCAGAUCGAUGUCGCAUCGUCACAGGCUGGAGGGGAUAACGCUUCUACUAAAUCAGCAGACAACAUGAGCAGUGCUCGCUCCACCCCCAAGUCAUCGGUCAUGGAGACAUCCCGACCCCCAUCGGUGGAAGGGGCGCCACCCUCGACCACCACCACCACCCGCCCCGUCUCCAGCCCCGGGAUGCACCUCAGCUCCCCACCCCCAUCUCUCACCCCCACCAAGGCCCAAUCUCCCGCCCCCUUGGUCCACCCUGACCACCCCACCCCUACCAGCAACGGCUACCCAAAGCACGAUGCGGGGGCGGAGAUGGAAGUUGUUGCCGGGGGAGGGACAGGGCUUGGGGAUUCCCCAAUGGUUGCUAAGGAGGAUGUUGAGAUGCAGGAAGGAGAUGGCAAAGGAGAGGAUGAUAAACAGACCGUUGGAAAUGAAGACGGACUGCCGAUGAUGAUUCUGUCAGGAUCCGCAUUCAACCUACUGCACAAGAAAGAAUCAGUGCAGUCCCCUGCCAUCGCUGCCCUCUCCUCAAGCCUGGACACCUCAUGGUCUGGCGCUCUCAGGCCAGCACUGACCAAGAACACCGGACCGGCCAAGAGUGCUUUCUACCGGAAGUGGACAGAGCCCAAGUCCUAUCACUAUGACUACGAGAGGAGCGAGGAUUCUGCCAACUACCAUCCGAGGAGGCUGCUCCUCUAUGGCCCACCUCAGGUGGGCAAGACUGGCGCUUACCUUCACUUUGCCCGCGUCCUCCUGCGCAUGCUUAUCAGACUGCAGGAGGUGGAAGUCUUUGACGAACCCUACCUCGACAUCCCACCAGCACUGGAAGGCACUGCGGAAGAUCUCGAGAGUGAGGAGGUUGCUGAUGGUGUCGCCAGCCGAACGGGAUUUGACAGUCAACUCCGAGAAGGCAGAUUCAAAGGACAUAGCCCUAUUUGGCAACCUGGCAAUAAACAGCAAGUGUUUUCUGCCUUGGACCAGAGGAAAGAUCCGAAGAGGCAGACGACGUCGAUGAGACUGACCAAGUACAGCGCUCACAAUGCCUUCCACCACUGUGAGCAGUGUCAGCAUUACAAGUACCUGACAGCUACCGAGGCAAGGGAAACGAAGGCAUACAGCGUGCAGCUGAACACCAGGUAUUACGGUGAGGUGGAGAUGCAGUUUGUGAUACCAGCCCAACAGGAGAAACACUUUGUGUUCGUCCAGCAGAGCGGUCAGCUGUCCAGCAUGGUCCUACCAACUAAACAAGAACAGGGUCCUAAUGCUGUGAAGACGCCCAUCUUCAUGCCAUCCUUCGGUCGCCAGGAGCAAGCCUUGAUUAACCUCUAUCACACCAUGGAGGGCAGCAAACACGUUCACAUCAUCGUCUGCAAGCAGAAGGAUGCCUUGGCCUACGAGAAGCAGUGGCCGAAUCAUGUGCUGCUUAUACUGCCCUCUGUGGCCAACGAAGCGGGGACAGGUGCUGCCAAGUACUUCAUCAAAGAGCUUGCAUCCAGGAAUCUGGAACUAGAGAAGAACCGUCAGAGCAAGCUUGGCCUACAGCCCGAUGUCGUCUGGCCUUUCAUUGCUCUGAUGGAGGACAACUGUGUGACCUGGAGGUUGACCUCUGGCAGUGGUGCCGAACAUCAUGAGAGCGACAAAGUUGUGCCGUUGAAGACCGUCUUGGAGACGAUAGAAGGCAUCCCAGACAUUGAAACGUACACUGCCCUUGGUGUUCAGCAAUGGAGCAGCCAAGCGACAGGCAGCGUUUUAACCUCGAUGACCUCCACGACCCCGACGAGGCGGUGCCACCUCUUCAACAUGAUCUUCCUCAACGUGGACAAAGCCAGGAAUGUGGACUAUGGCUUCAAUAGAUUUUUCAACGAGGAUAUCGACUUCAACUUGAAGCUCGCAUCAGAAGGCCACACCUUGGUGCGCCUGGACUACCUCUCCGUCAUGGUCAAGUCCAUCGAGGCUAACAACCUCGCCCAUUUUACCCCCAAGCCCCACCCGAUGGCCACGCCCCACAAGAAGCCCCCUUCCCACCACACCAUCAACCCUUCCAGCUAUGUCCGCGCCCCUGAUUCGGAGGAGCUGAUCCCCCUGGCGGCCCCGCCCCAGUUCCUGAUGGAGCGCUUUCUGGAGAGAAUGAGCGAGAAGCGCAUCUUUCCAUCAGCGGUGGAUAAUGCGGAUAAUCCAGUGCUGGCAGUCGAUUGCUAUUUCAACCUAGGCCCUCGGAUAGCAGUGCACUUUGCAUCGUCCAGUCAGCAGCCAUCCCAAGACUUGAUUGAGAAUACCCGCUUCAGUGGCCUUCUUCUCUUCAUGUGCCAUUCAACAAUGGAACGGGAGUUCCUCAAGAAUUUCAAGUUUAUCAAUGGUGCUCGGCUAUGCCUGAUCAGUUCAGAUCGGAACUCGCUGCGGCGUCAGGUUGUCCAACUAGACCUGGAGGAGCAGUGGAGAUUCAGACUACGUGAUGAGUUUCAGACGGCCAACGUAGCCGCCGAGCAACCGCUAUUCAUGCUGACGGGACGGCACGAGGAGGAGCGGUCGUAAGACACAAGGAGAGACGCUCGUAAGACACGAGGAGAAACGCUCAUAAGACACAAGGAGGAGCAACCAUACUAAAGCCGGGGUAAUAACUUUGGAGGACCAGGAGCGUCAAGUCUUACAGACAGAUGAACUUUCACCUGCCAUGCUGCAAGCUUGUUCAGAUCUAUUGCCGUAGCUUUCGCUGUUGCUGAUGCAGUCCUACGAUGUAGUAGAGAGUACUGUAGAAUAGGAUCUUGAACCGAAGAAAGAGUUUUAUGUCUGAAGUCUCUGUUUUUUGGUCACCUUUGUAGUGAGUGAAGGGAUCAGCAUUGUUUUGUAGUGGCUCUCAUGUAUAACCUGUGUUUGGACACUGCAGAGAUAAAAUUUGUAAUUUAUUUGUAUGAAAGGCUGAGUGAUUUGUCCCAAAAAAAUUAUUACAUUUUUGCACAAAAUUGCUUUAUUUAAUAUUCUUGUAUUAUUCCAUGGCAUGAUCAUUUUACUAUAUAUAAUAUUCAAAUUUCACAAAAACUAUAGACCAAGCAUCUUGAAAACCUUGAGAAAAUUUGCUCUGCAUGAGCAUAACAUAGGAAUGUGAAUAAAAAACUAGAAAUUAGUGAGAAAGUUGUUGAAUGAAAUAAUUCUCUAAACUUUUUCUUAGUACCGGUAAACUUUUUUCACUUGAUAUAGAAUUUCUGACCUUAUAUCAUCCUUUUUUGUUGUUGUUGGAACUACUAGCAGCUAUCUAACAUAGUAUUUUACUAAUAUAUCAGUGAUGUGUUCGCACUGAAAACCAGAAUUGUACAGAGUACGUUUUAGUUUGUUAAGGAUAACCAUUUUUAUAAGAAAGUUAUCAUAUGCAGUCUCACUGUGAACAGAGCAUGAAAUGUUCUCUAAUGACAAUAAAUAUAACAGGCAAUUAUUCUUUGCCUCUUAUUUUUUACUAUUUUCUCUUCGAUAUUGAUGGUGAAUACAUGUUUUGUGUUCGCAUUUGCAUAUGAAACGAUUUGUAAAUACUUAGAUUAUUGCUUGUUCAUUUCUUCCUUUGCAUGUAUUUAACAGUUAAGUAUACAUUUUUACCUCAUUUUUUCUCUGUUUUCCUUUACUUUACGGAGGGAGUUUUUUGUUAUAGUGGAGUAUGCCCAAAGCGUAGGACCACAUUUGAUUUAAGUGUUUUACAUUCAAAAUUUAUUAGGAGUAUGUAAACACACCAAGAGGGGGGAAAGAGAAAAAUUUGAUUUAGGGUCUUUAUUCUGAAGUGUGAUACCUUACUGAUGUAAAUCUGUAUUUUGAGGAAACCAGUGGACCAAAAACAUUCAUUAUUAUACCGAGGACUAUACGCGGGUAGAAAUAUACUAAUAGGGUUCUAACUGUAGAUGUAAUAAGACGCUUAAAUGGAAAAGAGUGUAUGCUUGGAACUGUUAGACAAAUUAAAUUUUACGACAUUUGUUCUCUUCCAACGUCCUUUGCAUUGCAACAACAUUAGCCAACAUUGAUUAAUCUUGUUACAUGUCAGUUUUAUAACAAGUAAAGUUAAUUUUUCAUACACCCGUUGAUAGUUCAGAUAUGACGAUAACAAAAACCCUGCGUUUCUUUAACGUGUAAAUGAAUUGGAAAAGCCUGCAACAAAGGUCCUAUGUGUAUUCACGUAGCUCUGUGUUAUGUGAAAGGUUUUACAUUUUAUGUAAUUAAAAGAUGCAGCUUUUUACCACCACACUUCUUAACAAGGCUUAAAGAAACAGUUUUUAUGAAACAAAAUUUUGUGUAUAUCGCUCAAGAAAAUUUCUCAAAUUGCCAAACUUGCUGUGAUACACUUAUUUUGAAGCAUAAAAACCCUAAAGCCUUUCACAAAUCUUGACUACUCAUAUCAUGAAAUUUGCAAAAGUUUCAUGUUUUGCAAGCAAUCGUUUUGCUUGAAACGUAAAUUUCACACCCAUAAAAAUAGUGUCCCUGUUGAGUUCCCUACAAUUGCCAAGCGACGUGUGUAAACAGGUUUCCAAGUUUCUUACUGGUGCUAGUUUGAAGUAAGUCAAGUUCAUUACCACAGCUGCAAAGACAUUCUACCUCUUAAAUUUGCCAAUGUUUUGGACUGAGUCCUUUGGCUUUUAAAUGGAAAUUUGAAUUCUGAUCACUAUGGAUUUUUAUGUCCCUGUUUUUUAAAUUCAAUGAAAAGUAUCCAUGAAAUGUUUGUGCAAAAGGCAGACCCGCAAGAGAUAAUGAAUUUUUAAAUGUCUAAUUGAUAUCGGGUAGCACGUGUAUUCCUCAAAUUGACUCCACACGGCCAAGUUUUAUUGACUUUUUCCUCAACAUUUGGUAGCAAAGAAUGAUAAGAUGUACAUGUAUAUUUAGCAUGAAUUUUAAUGACAUACAAGUUUUAAACGUCAGUGUGGCAAUUCAAAUGUAAAUAUCCAAAUAAAUUUUUUGAUGGCGGAGCUGAAAAUGUUUUGAAAUUUAAUGGAAUUGAAGGAUGAUGGCACACAGUUGAAAGUGAAAAUACAUGCAUCAUUGUCCUCCAUUAAGUUGAAAUAAUUUUUCUGAUCUCUUUUCAUGGAAUGAUUGUAACCGUAUGAUUUAUUCUUGAUAGAUAAGGUUCAUAUCCUCUCAGAACUUUACUGAUCAAUAAUUGAUCCGUAACGAUUGAUCCUUAAAGAUUGAUCCGUCCAGAUUAAUCCUUAAAGAUUGAUCAAUAAUGUUUCUAGAAGAUCCAUGUAUGAAUUUUAUCUAUCAAGAAUCAAUCAUUAUUAUUGUCAUGAAUCAUAUCAUGAAAAGAGGUAAGAACAAAAAUGUAUUCCAUCUUCAUGGGCCACGGUGCUUAUUAUUCAUGAUAAUUAAUACGAUAUGCUUACUUAUACAUGACUGUACCCACUAUACUAUACAUGUUGUUCAGCCAGACAUUGUCUUGGCCGAACUUUUUCUGGGAAUUAACCUUAACAGUAGCUAUACAUAUUAGCUGUGAAUUUUUAUUAACAAAUUUGCAAAGUUAAUGAAUUUUAAAAUGAAAUUGUGUGCUAAUAAUGAUAGGGAUUGUACAUGGGUUUUUUAAAGGAUUUGUACACCAAAAUCCACUCUUUUCAGCCUUUUCACUAUAACAAUGCUCAAAUUCAAGUGAAUAUAUUUAGACUGUACCUGUAGAACCGUGGCAUGCUUCUUGCUAUGGUUAUGUAUUUAAAGAAUCAAUUGAUUUUUUAAUAAACAAAAGUACAUCUACUGAUUUUAUGGUGAUAUAUAUGAAUGAUUGCAUUUACAUUGCACCUGUAAUGUAAUUUGAUAGACUUUUGAAUAUUCUGAUUUUCUACCGUUGAUUGCGAUCUCAUGUGAAUUCCCUUUUAAUAUGAAACCUGAUAUAAUGGAAUGCACAAAAGACCGGUUUACUAACGUAUACACAUGUAUGGAUAUUUCUUUCCUGGGCAUCUAGGGGUAUUCCAUUAACCCGUUUUUAAUGAAUGAACUGCAAUUUUUUUAUCCAGUCUGCAUACAUAAUUUGUUGCUAUGCCGGGCAAGUCUCACUCAAGCCUUCAGGAGGUCAAGAACAAAGUUUGUUUAAAUAGUAUGCAUACAAUUUGAAUAUGUUAGUAAACUGGUUUAUAUACCUCUCUUUAGUAUGUUAAAUAAAUCUAGUCAUCUGAUUGGUCAUAAUGCCCGCCUUGGGGUCAUGACAGGAUGAAACAUCCCCUUGAGCCUAUAGAAACAGCUAUGCCUCUCAUAGCAGUCAAUAUAUCUAUACUAUUGAUGCAUAUCAUCUGCUCGCAUCUGGAAGGGCAUAACGUCACUGUAAUACUGGUUAAUUCCCCUCUUACUCUCAAGAGACAAUAUUCAAUAACGAUGGCAUAACUUUCACAUAAUUCUGUCGUUUUUUAACUUCAUGCAUUUUACGAUCUGGUUCAAAUGACUUUUAUAUCAUUUUUGUCAAACUAUUGUAACAUUCUGUUUGCUUAUUUGAUUCACUCAGACUGUUGCUUGCAUGUUACUAUAUCUCAACAAAAAAAUUGCUUUCCUUCAAAGCUCCUUGAUAUAAAAGUGAUAUUUCCCUUUAAUGUCAAUUAUUGUGUGCUUCAGACAAACUAUCAGUAUUACCAUUACACCCAUUUUUGUUGGUGACCUCUGUGUACAUAUUUUGUUUGUAUAUAUUUUAGCUUCAUUUUUAACUGUUUCUUUCCAUUGUGGUAGUCGUGUGUAUUUUUUUCUUGCCAUUUUCAUGUAAGUGUGCAUUCUUUCAUUCUUUUUCAUUUCGUCUCUGUCUUUUUAAAAUGUAUAGAUCUUAUGAACAUGUGAAAUGGUUUGAAUUCCUUUUAAAGGGUUGAACUUGACAUGGUCGCAAGUACUUUUAUUAUAUGCAUGUGUCUUUUAAUAUAUUAACAUGAUCAUUUUUACGUCAGAGGCUAUUUGUAAUUUGUAAUGCGCGUGGCCCACGGUAUCAUUUUGUUGACAUUGACUGUUGCCGACGAGAAUAGCAGUUGUGUUGAUGCACCAUGUACUUUUGAAAGGGAAAAUCGAAGACAUUGUAUGUAUUAUAAGGAGUGAAUGCAAAAUACACAAUGCAAACAUUGCUUUGAUUAACUGAUGCAUGCACUAAUUCCUCUCAUAUGGUUAAGUAUUGAAGAUAACAAUGCAAUAUAAGUCUCUUGUGCCAUGGCAAGCAUUGGCAUAAUUUUUCACAGACUCUUUUAAAGAUAAAGUUGAGUUCUGGGAAUGUGAUUGGAUUGCGAAAGACACGUACUGCACUGUCUGGAAGUAAUCGGGGAAAGGUUACCCCUGAAAUUUUAGAAUGACCGGAUUACAACAUAAAGAAAUUGACACAGUCUUGUUGUAGAUCAUAUUGACUGCACACGGAAAUGUGUAUAUGGGACUACACACACAAUUGUUUGGUCCAAUCUUUUGAACUUUUUACUUCUCCUAUUUUAAAUAUAUGAAUAGAAAUCCUUCUACAAUAAAAUUCUCCCAAACUGACAUACAAAUACAGUCAAACCUGUCUACAGCGACUGCCCAAGGGAAACACAAAAAGUGGUCUUUGUAGACAGGUUCCUUUAGUACAUGUUUCAAUAAGAAACCAUUUUAAUGGAAAACAAAAAAUGUGGUCUUUGUAGAGAGUCACUAAUUUAAAAGCAGGUUUGACUAAUAAGAAAGCUCAUAAAUCGUUUUCUUUUCCAUCUUUACCAGAACUCAACUCUCUUUUUAAAUCGUUUAUGACCUCCAUUUAAUGUACAUGUUUUGGGCGAGUGACCAAAACUAUGAAAUUGUAAGUUCAAUCAUGUUGCAAGCCAUAAACUUCAGUCAUAUUAUGGAUUUGUGAAUGCUUGAGAUCAUGUAUUGUGGUGUUUUGUUGAUUAACAAAUGAAUCUUGUUGAAUUAAACAAUGUAAUAAUAUUUCAUUAAUCAUUUA